AUGAACAUGAGUUUAACUCUUUUAACGGCUCUUCGUGAAUUAGGUCACGGCGAUGAGAAGAUGCUGCGAGCAUGCUUCGAUGAAAUGAUGUCUAAAGCUACAGCGGAUGAUAAUGAAUAUCUGCGCGAGAUCGUUGAUGUUCUUAUCGAAACGAAUUUCUCUUGUGUUCGGGUAAUCGACCACCCAAUCUUUAUCCGUAUUAGAAAUACAUUCGUCGAUAUUCUUCAAAAGCCCGUUGACGAUUUUCGCUUAUUAUGUCGUAUCGGUCAACUCUUUUCUCGAAUGGCCGAUCAUGUCGACGACAAAAAUAUAUAUUUAUUUCAAAAACUUUUCACGGAUGCGACGAUAAUCCAAUGCUUAAGCAGACAACUCAGCAGUGUAUCGUUGACGUCACAUGCGAACCUAAUCAGUGGUAUUGAACAUAUGAUCGAUGCAUACCAAAAAUUCCAGCGUGACCGUCCAGACAUCCAAGACAAUCCGAUCCUUUCUUCACUAAUAAUGCCCAUUGUUAACUUUGUCAAAUCAGCAGAAUAUAAAGCAUCAUUUUUUGGAUUAUCUCCUAAACAAGACGAAGUUACAAGCUUUCAGAAGCUUAUUCUCGUCACGUGUCCCAAAUAUAUAGUAUCAUUUUGGUGUAAGCGUCAGGAAGAAGUUGCGCGCUCAGCAGCUGAAGAAACACUGAGCCGAUCGUUGGAAAUUUUACAACAUUUUUUGCCGCUCAUUGACGAUUGGAAAGAAUCGGUAAUAUGGUGUCUCAUUCAACAUGAUCAAAUCAAAACAGAGUUUGUAAGACAAGCCAAAGGUCUUUCGCUUCUGAUUCAGUGCACAACAGAAUCUCAGUUCGAUCCCGCAAAAGUGCAACUACCUGCCCUAGAAAUUAUCAUGUCUUUGACAUUCAACGAUGAGGCCAAAACCUGCAUUAAACAAAACAACAAAUUUGUUCAAUACGUACAAACAGUACUCUCAGCCUCGAGUACACGUGAUUUGCAAAAAGUUGCCAAUGGUAUUCUCUGGCGACUAUUUUCUAAGGACGGGAAGACUGAAGGUGAAUUUCAGUACGAUAUUAUGAUAUCGUAUUCUCAUAAAGACAAAGAAAUAUGCCAUCGAAUUCACAAAGCGCUGGUUGCCGAUAAGUUUCGUGUAUGGAUUGAUCUGGAAGAAAUGCAUGGCGCAAUAAUACAGGCGAUGGCUCAGGCAAUUGAACAAUCACGUUACGUCCUAAUAUGUAUCAGUGAGAAUUACUACUUGAGUCCUUAUUGUCAAGCUGAAGCGCAAUAUGCAUUUGAAAAGCGACGUGGCUUGGUUCCACUCAGAGUACAGUCUGGCUACAAAGCCGAAGGAUGGUUGGCUUUUAUAACAUCAUGUAGAAUUUAUGUGGAUUUUAUGAAAAUAGACUUUGAUAUCGCUUACACCCAGCUUGUGUCGGAAUUUCAUCAAAAAGAAGUCGAUGGGAAAGGUUCCUCAGUGAUCUCAUCACGCUCAAACGUGACCGACGCACCAGUGGUGAGAAAAAAUAGAAGUAGAAACUUGCAGUGUGGGGGCAAUCAUUUCUCAUUGGAUGGAAAUUGUCCUAUGGUGCAAAAACACCGUCAAGAAUUAAAUAAAGAAGUGAAACAAGCCAUCCGAAAUGGUGAUUUAAACUAUAAUACACAUUUAGAACAAAUAAAACAAGUAAAAAAAUCAAAUGAGUAUCAAUAUGAUGUAAAUGCCUUUCCACCAUUGAUUAAAAUGGACAGAAAUAUUGAAAAUAGGUGGAAUACACAAAAAACAGAUAGUAGUAACAAUACCAAUAAAAAUGAAGUAGCUGAUGUGUUAAAGGAAAUUAAUAAAAAUUUAGAAAUGAUGAACAAGAAAUUAGAUAAUCAGAAAAGAACAAUUGGAAGAAAUGAAGGAAAUAUUAGAUUAAAUAAAUUAGUCACAUCAGAGUUAUUGACCACAAUGGCUAAUCUAGUGGAAGAAGUGGUGCUGCCAUUAUUAAAGUUAGUGAUGAAAGAUGAAGCAGUAAUGAUUAAAAAAACAGAAGGUUAUGCAAAAAGAUUUAUUAGUAUGGAGGAAAAUUUACGUCUAAACUAUAAAUUUGACAUUGAAACGGAAACGGAUGAAACAAACUACAUAAACUCACCAUCACUAUCAGAAACAGUUAAAGUGAAUCCGAACCCAGUAACAACAUCAUCAGUUAUGGUAGUCGAUGAUGAAAUAGAAACAGCCGAAAAGACCAGCACUUAA